AUGGGAAAUUGGAAGAUUUUGGGAGAGGUCCCAGAUUCGGACGAUGAAGGAUUCGACAGCCAAGAAUUCCAGGGCGGAUUGUCACCGAGCACACCUGCCGAAGUUUUGACAUCGCGAGCCGAGAAGGCCCCUGGAACACCAGACGAUGUCUGGGACAUACCUGAGUCGACUCAGGGCUCGAGUUCUGGGGAUGCGGUCGUGCAAACUGCACACUCGGAGACAUCAGCUCCCCCCAAGACCUCCGGUGUCGAGCUGAGGGAUCAUCUGGCUGUGGCGUCGAUAUCCGCGGAUCGGUCUUUCCAAUCCCCAGACUCAACGGCGCUGCUCGGGCAUACGCCGGUCCCGUUGGACGUUGGUGGCAUAUCACCUUCUGGACGAACAAGUGCUCAGAGCUCACCCUUAUCGUCCGUGGGCCAAUCGCCCGAGCCUCCUUUGUCAAGCCGAGACCAUGGGGAAGGCUCGGUAUCUCCUUCGAGGCAAGCCGCUAUCCGCCUCGAGAGGUCUCUUCGGCCACGGAAGCCUAUUCAAGAACACCCUUAUCUAUUGGAAAGCGCACACUACAACAAGUUCAUGAAGUCUCACGGAAUGAGGCCUGUCCGGGUGACGGUCGAAGCAGAUCGUUCGAGACGGGGACAAACGGAUGAGGAUUCCCAGGAGCAGGAUUUCGUCACCGAUAUGAGCCAGCAGGAAUCUGGCGAGACGGAAGGGAACCUGAACGACAUCGGCUCCAGCCAAGUCGACCAUUCUGUCGACGAUCGUGACGAGCUCGCUCUGUCACCUUCGCCGGGUGUUUCCUCUCCCCAAGUCGCUGCCGUCACAAGUAGUCAGCCAAGUCAGGCCGACUUGACUGACGACACAAGCCUCCCCGGAGAUGACGAAUUUCCAUCACUUGACGAUCUGGUGCGGAAGCCAAUCUCAACCCGCCAUCGGAUUGCCAAGCAACGCAAGCCCCAGAAGUACACUCCGAGAAGACAGCACCCAAAGUCAACCCCUAUCCAGUCGCGGAUUAGAGACAUCGUCUCAGAUACCGCUGCUCACGCUGUCCGUGCCUCCACAGACUCACCCAUCCCGUUGGGACAAGCAAAAAUGCCCCCCAAAGCCCGGUCCCCCGACCCUCUUUCAGAUCCUUUCGAAGAAGACUUGCCUGAGAAAGAGGCAGCGGCAUCACUUAUGACUCCGGCCAAUAUUGUCAUCGACCUUGAAUCAAACUACGGCGGUGGCGAUCUGCAAGCAGCCCAUGCACCAGAUGUGUCCAGUGGUGAAAGCGAUGCUGAAGCUGAUGCCGUGCGCCGGCACCGGAAACGCAUCCGGGGCGUUCUGCCUGCAUCGUGGCUGAGACUUGAUCAACACAAUCCUCGCGACUCGGCAAGGCAAGUUGUUCCACGACCCAACCCGGAAUACUCACCUGGUCGCAUUCCGCGGAAGGGGGUUGCAUUGCCCAGGUCGACAAGCCCCCAGAAAGCCUCGCGGCCUUCUCCUGCGACGCCUUUCUUCUUUGAUGAUACAGAUAAUUCAGAUAUCGAAUCAGUGCAGCAAGAGACGACUGUACUAGAUAAGGAGGCGAUGAGUGUCGGACGUUCUGACCUUCCAUUGGAUCUCCUGGAUGGGGCAUCGGCCUCAGAGGAAGAUAUCAUCGAUGACAUGAUCUCGAGUCGCAAAAGACGGAGCGCUUCAUCACAGCAAGAAUUGCAGCCAGUAAAGAGGAGAAAGAAGAGCCGCUCAUCGACUUUUCAGGGUCAGGUUGGCCAAAAGACGCGACAACCCAAGAUCACUCGUCACCUAAGUCGGGCAAGGACAGCAAUAGGAAAUUCGCAUAGCCAAACACGGGCAAACUCAUCGGUCGGCAAGAGCAGGUCAACAGCCACUCACCAGUCGCGCCCCAGAAGAUCCAAACCUCCAAUGCUCAGUAUCCUCGAUGUUGUUGAUCAGGAGGCCCCUCUAUUCAUCAAAAUCGCUGCGCGCACCGCCAGGAAGAGACCCGGGCUGGGAAAGUCGAGCCCUUCUCGGAAACAAAUCAACCUGGGGUCACGCAAAGACAAUAUAGAUGCCUUGUCUGUGCUCCGUGACUGGACUUCCGGGAAGAUUAAGCCGAAAUUGCCCGCUCCAUUGCGUGGACAGGCGCCGCAGCAGCGCCGUGCUCUCCAUCAACUGUCAAUUAACUCUGUGCCGAGUGGGACGGCAUCCCGCCACAGCAUACCGUCUGAACCUCGAACACAACAGGCAGAUGGCUUUGAACAGAGCAAAAGGAAGGGCAUCAAAGACACAAACGCAGUACUCCUAUGGCGAAGAAGCGCUGAACAGAGCAUCACGCGCACUCGAAACAGUCAUGGCGCAAGACCGGCUCAGCUGGAGGCAGCUGAGGACGACGAUCAUCCUGCUCAACGUUCAGGGUUCGUUGCCAGAAAACGCGCCCUCGACGCAUUGUACAAGAAAACCCUCAAAACAUCAAGUGAUCUCCCUCGGGUUCGUAUGGAGCAGUUCUUGCAGACUACCGCCUACUCGGAGAACAUACUCGAUCCAUCACAAUCGCAGAGUCAAAUCCCGCUGCUCCAAAGCGAUACUCUGGCUAGCAACCCUCAGAGACGGUCGCGAAACCGGAAACGUUUUAAGCCGACAAGAAUCGAUAUUGCAGCUCCUCGAUUUACUCACGCUUUGGAUCCUUUGCCCACGGAUCUGGGGCGAGAAUCAUCAAAUGAUGCAUCGAAGAGUGAUAAUGGCAGACUCUUGAACCUCGGGCCAUUUGGCACCCACUACACGCAACAUUUCGAGAUGUUUCCAUUAGAUCCUGGCGUUUUCUUUCACGAAACCACCAUCCUAGGCGAUGGCAGCCUCGACGAUGCAUUGAGUAGCUCUCUGUAUGAAAACCUCGCGCAACAUCGCCGUCAUGUUUCCUUCCACUUGGACAAUCAGAUUCUUCAGUGGGGAUUCUGGAAUGAGACGACUUCUUCCCAAUUCGGGAUUCUCCUCGACUGGAUUGCAGAUCAAGCCCUAGGUCGUCUCUCCGAUGACGACAGCAUCCAAAGAGCCGUAUUACGAGGCGCCACUGGCUUUUUUCUCACAUACAUACGCCGGUCUUUGCACUUUGACAGUGAAGAAGCUAAGGGAUCCUUCAUCUUGCGAUCAAUCGAGGUUUUUGAAAGCUUGGUUGGUCGAUUAGACACGGUAGUACCCGACAACCAUGGGUCACUCCUUCAAAUCGAAGUUAUGACUCGAUUCCUCGUCGCCCUGCUGUUUGUUCAGCGAAUAGCGCAGCUUUCAGACACUCAUUCUGUGCAAGCAUUUCGAGUUGAGGGUGUUAUGAGGAAGAUGGCCACCCUCUGCGUCAAGAGACUUGUAGCCGUUGGGCUCCAAGAUCUUCGCAUGGUUUAUGAUCAAACACACCACGUAACCUCCCGAGAACAUGGCAUCAGAGAGCACCAAGUCACGACUAUUGCCUGGGUCGUCUUGAUGAGGGUUUUGAGCGCUGCGCAUAUCCCGCGAGCCGGGUUCUGGGAUGUCACGUACUCCGUCUUGGUCCCACCACAGAUCUCUCAGUGUCUUGAUUCGCAAGAGUUCGAAUCGCUAUGGCAAACCAUGAGUACUCUGCUCCCACUUUGCGAAUUCGACAGUUCCGGUGUGGUCGUCAGUGGUUUGCGGCAUCUGGCGCCGGUCGAGGGAUGGGCGUUGCCAACACAGAUCCUCAAGCGCGUGUUCCAGAUUUACAAGGCGAAUCCGCGUCAAGCUCCAAGUUUCAACGAGUAUUGUCGCGCUCUUGUCGGCCGCUGUCAUUAUCUGGUCCGGGAAUGGGGCUGGCGCAACUGUACUUCUGUCAUAGGUGUGAUUUUCGAUUUCUUCGGCUCUCAAAACCUGGCACAUCUGAGAAACGAGGAAGCCCACAAGUCCCCGCGCUUUCUCGAGGAGCUCGCUGAGAGUCCGUCGCUAAGCAUCGAGCCGGAAGAUCGAAGCUUCCAUGUCUUCAUAAAGCUUCUUGGUCUGACGAUUCAGAAACUCAAGACGCUGAGCAUGACAAAUCAGAUUCGGAAUCUGAUUGCCCGCACGUUGCCAAACCAUGACCGUCAAUACCUGAAGGAAGAGGCGAUCUCGGAGAGUGACCUCGCCGCUCUCAGAAACCAUCACGAUCUCUUGUGUACACUCUUCUGGGCUGCGCCACCUGAACUUCGACCAAAUCUACAACUUCUGGAAAAGUUGGUCAUGCCCAGCAGCUCUCACAAGGAGGCUUGUCUGAUCAACCUGAGAGCCUGGAGUCAGCUAGCGCGCUUUGUCAUUUCGGCCAACGAGAGCCACCACUCAUAUCGUCCGUUCCUAAGCUGGCAGAACAACGUCUUUCAGCAAACGCUUGAGCAGUACCUUUCAGCGGAGUCUGAUAUCCAGCAGCAAUUUUCUGCUCUAUCCAAGGAUGCCACCCGGGAUAUCAGCGUCAGCAUUAUGCAGUCUUUCAUCUUGAAAAACAAGGCUGCAGCAAUGGACGUGCUUUCCUUCGCAGUCCGCUCUUCCUUGGACGUCUUGGGGCACGCGGGUUCCCUUGAGUCGGCAACGUCGUGUCUCAAUACAUCGCAGCUCGAGCAGGUGUUUACUAAGUUUGAUCUGUUCUCAGCAGGCUUCGAAUGGACCAUCCUGAAGGCUGCCAUCGAGACCGUAGAGCUAUACCUGGAUAAGGUGGAAAAGGUUCUGGAUGAGCAGUACUCGAACGAUUCGCAGCUGGUGGAUGCCGUCCAAACAGAGGAGGCUAUCCUUAUGCUUGAUCACAGGCUCUCAAAGGGUCUGCUCGGCAUGACAUGCACCUUGACAGGCAAAGUGGUGACGGGAUACAAGGCCGCGGAUGAUCAGCGCCGGAUUUGCACCGAGAAAGCCGUGACGGUCUGCGCACGACUUGCCACUCGCCUGAUUCACGCCGGUGCCGUGCGUCUCUCGCGAUUCUUUACGCCUGGUGCAUAUUGUCUCUUCGAGAGGAUGCCUCGAAGCCUUGGCCUAGCCCAGAGACGGUAUCUGCCGUUGUUUGUCGCCAUCCUAGUCAAGAACAGCAUCUUCGACUUUCGAGAUAUAGGUAGCUCUCCACUCGAGUUGUGGAUGCUCUCAAUAGUCAAGCCCUGGGUCUCCCUGUCCUACGAGAAUUAUCUCGGGGAGAUGUUGAAGUAUCAUCACCUUCCAUUUGUUGCUCGGGCAUUUGUGCCUGUCGGGCUUAGUCCUACCUACAAUAGCAACCGGGAUAUGUUUGCGUCGGCCAUCACUUACAUGAGAAAGGCCUUGCGGGAAGCAGACAGUGGGCAGAGGCAACAGCUUCGAAAUGACUUCUCAAAAACACUCAAGGUCAUAAUGCAACAGAUCCGAGACGACCUCAAGUCGGCCAAGGCCGAGCCGAGAGAACACAGUGCUUUUGUGGCAUUUGUACGCGAGAUCAUCGGCUUGAUCAAGUCCCAUGGAGCAGACAUCUGUCCAGUCGAUCCGUUCUUCACACAGGUCAGUGCGGACUUUUCACCAUCGGCAGAAGAUCCAAAACUCCAGACAGCAGGCAUCAUCGCGUAUGGUAUCCGCCUGUCCGAGGGUGAAGUGACUGCCAUGCCGCAGCUAUUUCACUACCUGUACAACAAUUUCAAGAUUGCCGUGGCGAACAACAGCCUGGACGCGGAGACGCGGAUCAUCGGGAAAUCUCUCGAUCACCCUGAUGUCCUUGCCUUCGUCCUCGGCAAGAUGGUCCCAAGCAUCAUUCAAGCGGCGCUGGCAGAAUACCAGGUCUGGCCCUUGUUGGAUGUGUACUGUGGCGCACUGCGACAGCACCUGAUGAGAUCAGGGCUCGGCAAUGAGAUGGGCGAGGAUCGCCAGGGCGAUGUACUGACUCUCUUGGAAGCGUUCCUCGUGUAUCUCAGACGCUUGCGAGAUCAAAACAGUGCCACUACGACGUCAGGGCUGACGGCGGCCCAGGUCUGUGUUUGCGCGCAAUUGAUGGGGUUAGUGAACGCGCUGCAGCCCAAUUUAGCAGCGCUCUCGUGGCUGCCAGCGCCACCUACAGUGGCGUCCAGCGCGCUGCCUAGAGCCAUCGGUGCCAUUUACAGCUUCGCCCGGGAUGCCGAAGCGCAUCUUGCAGACAUAAUGGCGCUUCCCAACCGAUACCUAGCAGCGCAGAAUCUACGGGUGCGAUUGCUACUCGAGGGCAUUGAGCAAGAUGGGCACGAGUAUUGGUCCAGCACGAAUGGCGGCAGCAGCGCGCAGAUUGACAAUUUCGCAAAGCACAUUGUAGCAGACAUGAGCAAAACCAUGGCAAUUUCCGAGUGGCGGGUUGCGGUCAAAAUGCCAGCAAAAACGGCUGGCCUGACGGCGACGCAAUCGGGAGAAGGUGUCGAAUACGGACCGUGGACCAUGGAAGAACUUCUGAGCAGGCUGCAAGAACAGACGAGGCUCUGGCAUUUGAGACCGAGUUUGAAGUCGACAAGGCUGUCGCGGACAAACAAACAACAAGCCUUUGGAGAGUUUGCGUUUUAG